GCACUUGAACUCUCCGGCAGAAAGACGGGACUCCUGCUGCGGAUCGUCCGUCCGCCGCUCCUUCCAGCCGCUCCAUCACCUGCCGGGCCUCUGCCGCUCCUUCCUCGCCGUCUCCUCCACCAGCACUCCGCCAUGGCGUCCAGGAAGUUCUUCGUGGGAGGAAACUGGAAGAUGAACGGGAAUAAAGAGAGUCUGGGCGAGCUGAUCAGCACCCUGAACACGGCCAGCCUGCACGACCAGACCGAGGUGGUGUGUGGUGCUCCCUCCAUCUACCUGGGCUUCGCCCGCUCCAGCCUGGACCCCAGGAUCGGCGUCGCGGCCCAGAACUGCUACAAGGUGGCCAAGGGCGCCUUCACCGGGGAGAUCAGUCCGGCCAUGAUAAAGGACUGCGGGGUGGACUGGGUGAUCCUGGGACAUUCGGAGCGCCGCCACGUUUUCGGGGAAAGUGACGAGCUCAUUGGCCAGAAGGUGGCUCACGCUCUGGAAAGCGACCUCGGCGUCAUCGCCUGCAUCGGAGAGAAGCUGGAGGAGAGGGAGGCCGGCACCACCGAAGAAGUGGUGUACGCUCAGACUCAGGUCAUCGCAGAGAACGUGAAGGACUGGAGCAAAGUGGUUCUGGCUUAUGAACCCGUGUGGGCCAUCGGCACGGGCAAGACCGCCACACCUGAGCAGGCGCAGGAGGUCCAUGAGAAGCUACGGGCGUGGCUGCGAGCCAACGUCUCGGGCGACGUGGCCGACUCUCUGCGCAUCAUCUACGGAGGCUCGGUCACAGCAGCCAACUGUAAAGAGCUGGCCGCGCAGGGCGACGUGGACGGCUUCCUGGUGGGCGGAGCCUCCCUGAAGCCCGAGUUCGUCGACAUCAUCAACGCACGCGCGUAGACGCCCGGCGGCUCCGUGCCUGGACCAAUCAGGACGCAGCUGCUCAGGGCGACAAACCGGGCGGACUGAUCCACGGCGAGCGGGAGGUUUUAUUCCCCAGACGGGACGGCGGAGGCGGAAAAUACAACUCCUAACUUGUUUCUGUG